GCAACAGACCGGCCAAUGGGAAUGAACGGUUUGGACGUGGCGGGACUCCGGCCGUUUGACCUGGUUAUCCCCUUCACCAUCCAAAAAGGAGAGAUCACAGGUACACACACCGUCCUGCUGUUGGGCCGCCAAGAUAGUCUUAGUUUCCCAGUCAGGACAUCACCAUCCUUAACCAUUAGAGGACAUCACCAACCUUAACCAUUAGAGGAAAUCACCAUCCUUAACCAUUAGAGGAAAUCACCAUCCUUAACCAUUAGAGGAAAUCACCAUCCUUAACCAUUAGAGGAAAUCACCAUCCUUAACCAUUAGAGGAAAUCACCAUCCUUAACCAUUAGAGGAAAUCACCAUCCUUAACCAUUAGAGGAAAUCACCAUCCUUAACCAUUAGAGGAAAUCACCAUCCUUAACCAUUAGAGGAAAUCACCAUCCUUAACCAUUAGAGGAAAUCACCAUCCUUAACCAUUAGAGGAAAUCACCAUCCUUAACCAUUAGAGGAAAUCACCAUCCUUAACCAUUAGAGGACAUCACCAUUCUUAACCAUUUUGAGGAAAUUCCCCUAAAGGGCUUACAAAACGCAGGCAAAGAGCAUGAUCCCAAAUCACCUGACAUACUGAAAGCCUAAGGUACCUAGCCUGUCUAACUACUGUUUCCUCCCCUAGGCGAUGUACGCAUGCCGUCAGGUAAAACAGCCAAGCCAGACAUCACAGACAAUAAGGACGGGACGGUAACGGUUAAAUACGCUCCAACUGAGGCCGGCCUGCACGAGAUGGACAUCAAAUACGACGGGAUACACAUCCCUGGUACCAACAACCGCUAACUGUCAACAAGCUAACUAUGAUAAAACAGUCACAUAUGCAUCUUCAUUUAGAAAGCUAAACCUAAAUAUGUUUGAGUCAAUUAUACUACUCUCUCAAUACCACUUUCAAGUAUAUAUUUCUGGAAAAGUUUAAACUAUUUCAGAAUAUUUAGGACCGUUAGCUGGCCAAGAACCUCUCCUGUGAUGGCUAACAGUAUUGGUGACUUCUCUCAUCUCUCCCUCUCCCUCUCUCUCCUCCCUCUCUCCUCUCCCCUCUCCUCUCCCCUCCCCUCUCUCUCUCUCUCUCUCCUCUCUCCUCUCUCUCCCCUCUCUCCCCUCUCCUCUCCCCUCCCCUCUCUCCUUUCUCUUCUCUCUAACAGGUAGUCCCCUCCAGUUCUAUGUGGACUAUGUGAACAGUGGGAACGUCAGUGCGUACGGACCGGGCCUGAUCCACGGGACCGUCAACAAACCUGCCGUCUUCACCGUCAACACCAAGGACGCAGGAGAGGGUAGGACAAUUAGUAGUUCAAUUAUAAAUCAAUCACAAUAUCCAUAAUACAUUUUAAAUCAAUCAAAGUGAUCUACACUGAACAACAAUAUAAACGUAACAUGUAAAGUGUUGGUCCCAUCUUUCAUGAGCUGAAAUAAAAGAUCCCAGAAAUUGUCCAUAUGCACAAAAAGCUUAUUUCUCUCAAAUUUUGUGCACAAAUUUUGUGCACAACCGCAGACCACGUGUGUGGCGUCAUGUGAGAGAGCAGUUUGCUGAUGUCAACGUUGUGAACAGAGUGCCCCAUGGUGGCAGUGGGGUUAUGGUAUGGGCAGCCAUAAGCUACGGACAAUAAACACAAUUGCAUUUUAUCCAUGGCAAUUUGAAUGCACAGAGAUACCGUGACGAGAUCCUGAGGCCCAUUGUCGUGCCAUUCAUCCACUGCCAUCACCUCAUGUUUCAGCAUGAUAAUGUCUCAAGGAUCUGUACACAAUUCCUGGAAGCUGAAAUGUCCCAGUUCUUCCAUGGCCUGCAUACUCACCAGACAUGUCACCCAUUGAGCAUGUUUGGGAUGCUCUGGAUUGAUGUGUACGACAGCCUGUUCCAGUUCCUGCCAAUAUCCAGCAACUUCGCACAGCCAUUGAAGAGGAGUGGGACAACAUUCCACAGGCCACAGCCAUUGAAGAGGAGUGGGACAACAUUCCACAGGCCACAGCCAUUGAAGAGGAGUGGGACAACAUUCCACAGGCCACAAUCAACAGCCUGAUCAACUCUAUGCUAAGGAGAUGUCGCACUGAAUGAGGCAAAUGGUGGACACGCCCAAUUUUUUUUUUUAAAGGUAUCUGUGACCAACAGAUGCAUAUCUAUAUUCCCAGUCAUGUGAAAUCCAUAGAUUAGGGCCUAAUUUAUUUAUUUCAAUUGACUGAUUUCCUCAUAUGAACUGUUAACUCAAAUCUUUGAAAUUGUUGCAUGUUAUGUUUAUUUUUGUUCAGUAUAAUAUGAAAAAUCUAAUGAGGUGUGUAAUUCUUACACUGAGUGAACAAAACAUUAGGAACAGGUUAAAGAAGGAACCUUGAAACAAUUGAGACAUGGAUUGUGUACGUGUGCCAUUGAGGGUGAAUGGACAAGACAAAUUAUUUAAGUGCCUUUGAACGUGGUAUGGUAGUAGGUACCAGGCGCACCGGUUUGAGUGUGUCAAGAACUGCAACGCUGCUGGGUUUUCACGCUCAACAGUUUCCCCGUGUGUAUCAAGAAUGGUCCACCACCCAAAGGACUUCCAGCCAACUUGACACAACUGUGGGAAGCAUUGGAGUCAACAUGGGCCAGCAUCCCUGUGGAACGCUUUCGGCACCUUUGUAGAGUCUAUGCCCCGACGAAUUGAGGCUGUUCUGAGGGCAAAAGGGGGUGCAACUCAAUAUUAGGAAGGUGUUCCUAAUGUUUUGUACACUCAGUGUAUUUGAUAACUUUUAUCGUGUGUGUAGGUGGUCUGUCUCUGGCCAUCGAGGGUCCGUCUAAAGCCGACAUCAGCUGUGUGGAUAACCAGGAUGGAACCUGUUCCGUAUCCUACCUGCCUGUUUUACCUGGAGACUACAGCAUCCUGGUCAAAUACAAUGACAAACACAUCUCCGGCAGCCCCUUCUCAGCCCGCAUCACAGGUAACACACACAUACACACCACGCACUGCAACACACACACUCCCAGCAGCCCCUUCUCAGCCCGCAUCACAGGUAACACACACAUACACACCACGCACUGCAACACACACACUCCCAGCAGCCCCUUCUCAGCCCGCAUCACAGGUAGUGAAAAACAACCUCCCUGCCCUCUCUCUGUCUCCUAGGUGAUUACUCUGAAGGUGGGCUCUGCUGCUGACAUCCCAUAAUAAUAAUAUUCCCUCUGUCUCCUAGGUGAUGACUCUAUGAGGAUGUCCCAUCUGAAGGUGGGCUCUGCUGCUGACAUCCCAUUGGACAUCGGCGAGCUGGACCUGAGUCAGCUUACAGCCUCUCUGACCACGCCCUCCGGCCGAGAGGAACCCUGCCACCUCAAGAUGCUCCGCAACGGACACGUCGGUCAGUGUUUAGUGGAAACAGACUAUCAACUUUCCUUUUUCAUUUGACAAAUGUAAAAUGCAUGGAGUUGCCUCAGCCAUAAGAGAAGAACAAUACCAACGUUACAAAUCAUUGAAGUUGACAGACGGAUUGUGGUCCUCAGAACCUCCUCUAACAUUUCAUUGUGCGUCAGGCAUCUCGUUUGUUCCCAAGGAGAUCGGGGAGCACCUGGUGAACAUCAAGAAGAACGGACGCCAUAUUCCCAGCAGCCCCAUCGCCGUGAUGAUCAGCCAAUCGGAGAUCGGCGACGCCAGCCGGGUGCGUGUGACUGGCAAGGGCCUCAGCGAGGCCAAAACCUUUGAACCCGCUGAGUUCAUCAUCGACACACGCGAAGCAGGUCAGUGGGGGUGUGUAGGAUCAGGUGAAGCAGGUCAGUGGGGGUGUGUGUGUAGGAUCAGGUGAAGCAGGUCAGUGGGGGUGUGUGUGUAGGAUCAGGUGAAGCAGGUCAGUGGGGGUGUGUAGGAUCAGGUGAAGGUCAGUGAGGGUGUGUAGGAUCAGGUGAAGCAGGUCAGUGGGGGUGUGGGGUGUGUGUAGGAUCAGGUGAAGCAGGUCAGUGGGGGUGUGUGGUGUGUGUAGGAUCAGGUGAAGCAGGUCUGUGGGGGUGUGUGUAGGAUCAGGUGAGGCAGGUCAGUGGGGGUGUGUGUAGGAUCAGGUGAAGCAGGUCAGUGGGGGUGUGUGUAGGAUCAGGUGAAGCAGGUCAGUGGGGGUGUGUGUAGGAUCAGGUGAAGCAGGUCAGUGGGGGGUGUAGGAUCAGGUGAUUUUGUUAUUUUAUUCAUCUCUUUUAUUGCCUUUUUGUUUUUAUAAUUUAACUUUAAAGGAGGACCUGCUUUUUUACCACCAAAUCUCUAUUUUUGAUGUAAAUGGCGUAUUAUAGAGGGGUCCAGACACUUUCUUACCCCAACCAGCGAUUCACUUCCUUAUCCUUGUUGUGCAGUAAGGGAGCUCUGAAAGAAACCAUGAACAAAGGUGCCAAAAACACUCCAGUAUGUCCUUUUGGAAACAGAAAAGCUCUCAGUGGCGCAGGUCUUUCGUUUCUCAGAAACAAGUGAAAUCGCAAAUAAAGUGUCUGAAACCUUUAAAAUUCCUUUUACAUCAAAAAGAAAGAUUUGGAUGUGGAAAAGCAAACUUGUCCUUUUUAAAGUAUGUUGUGAUUUAAACGAAGUGUGCUGUGAUUUGCUGCAGGCUAUGGGGGUCUGAGUCUGUCCAUCGAGGGCCCCAGUAAGGUGGACAUUAACACUGAGGACCAGGAGGAAGGAACCUGUAAGGUCACCUACUGCCCCACUGAACCAGGAAACUACAUCAUCAACAUCAAAUUUGCCGACCAACACGUACCAGGUACUUCACUUGUUUCCUGACGUCCUUGAUUUAAAAAUAAUUAUAAUAUAAGAAAUAUUGUUUGAAAAAAGUGUAUUUCACCAACGUGUGUGUGUGUGUGUGUGUGUGUGUGUGUGUGUGUGUAGGGAGUGCGUUCACGGUGAAGGUGACCGGAGAAGGGAGGAUGAAGGAGAGCAUCACCAGGAAGAAGAGGGCAGCGUCCGUCGCUAACGUGGGCAGCCAGUGUGACCUCAGCCUCAAGAUACCAGGUGUGUUUGCAGCUGCAGGGCUCUGUGGUCCCAGGUACCCUCUCCUCCCUUCCAGUAGAUGCUGAUCAGAUCAGGAAACAUGAUGGCCCAGGUGACCAGUCCGUCUGGCCAGGUUCACAAGGCUGUUAACCCUGUGUGUGUGUGUGUGUGUGUGUGUGUGUGUGUGUGUGUGUGUGUGUGUGUGUGUGUGUGUGUGUGUGUGUGUGUGUGUUAACAGAGAUCAGCAUAGCAGACAUGAUGGCCCAGGUGACCAGUCCGUCUGGCCAGGUUCACAAGGCUGACAUCAUGGAGGGAGAGAACAACACCUACUGCAUCCGCUUUGUUCCCACGGAGACCGGCGUGCACACGGUGUGUGUGAAGUACGCGGGCGUGCACGUGCCCGGCAGCCCCUUCCAGUUCACAGUGGGGCCCCUUGGAGAAGGAGGAGCCCACAAGGUCCGCGCUGGGGGGCCCGGGCUGGAGAGGGCAGAGGCUGGAGUACCAGGUAUGGAAGUGUGUGUUGGUGUUACUAUACUGUGAGGAUCACACAUUGACAUUGUGUGCGUACUGAUCGUGUGUGUGUGUGUGUGUGUGUGUGUGUGUGUGUGUGUAGCUGAGUUCAGUAUCUGGACGCGGGAGGCGGGUGCAGGGGGUCUCAGCAUCGCGGUGGAGGGGCCCAGUAAAGCAGAGAUCACCUUCGAGGACCGGAAGGACGGAUCCAGUGGAGUGUCCUACAUGGUCCAGGAGUCAGGUGUGUGUGUGGGUUGAGGAUGGUAACAGCUAUCUAACCACUAGCAAGAGCCCCGGUGAUAAUCAUCCUCACAAUUAGCAUUAUCAACGACAUUAGCAUUGUUAUUAAGAAGAGGUUAGUAUGUGUUUCAUACGGUGUGUGUGUGUGUGUGUGUGUUUCUAACGCUUCGUUUGGGAUUCUAUCUUGUGUGUGUGUAAUGAAGUUCACUUCAUAAGCGCACUUCCCAGCUUGAAAUGUCUCCACUCACGCUAUGGUGUUGGUACUUUUUCUAUAGUGUAAUUUGCUAAGACGUUGUCAAGCAGGCGGUCACCUGUGUUUGUGAGGCAGAGGAUCUGAGAUCGAGUACCGGUAAGGACAUGUAGAAGGAAGCUCCACUGUUAGUCAGCACAUUGAUCCCUGUUACACGUGUGUUGCAGGAGACUAUGAGGUGUCUAUCCGUUUCAACGACGAGCACAUCCCUGACAGUCCCUUCGUGGUUCCUGUGGCGUCGCCCUCUGAUGACGCCAGACGACUCACUGUUGCCAGUCUUCAGGUGAGGCUCGGAGACACACACACACCCAGGACUACACUACCCACAAUGCAGCAGCAGCCUGUUUGUUGGGGGGGGGGGGGGGGGGGUAGUGUGUAGCUAGCAUUUACUGUAACUAGCGUGUAGCUAGCAUUUACUGUAAGGAGCAUAUACAGGAUGUUUUCUGUAAAGGUACAGCAAUAGCUGAACAUCACAACAGGUUUCUGUUUCGCAGUCAUUAGUCAGUCACUCAGAGGGUUGGAGGUCAGGUGUCAGGUCGUGCUGCUGUGUUGUUGGGAAGUGCAAGGGUUUGUGGGAAACAAAAGGACUGUGUGUUUCUCGUGCCUCGUUCUAAAGGCUCCCAACAGUCCCCUCCCCCUCCCACUAGAAAUCCCUCCUAUCUGAUCCCCCAGACAGAACACCAACCAGGAAGAAUGCUACCUCACGCUCUCCCCCUACCCUCACCUCCUCCCUCUCACCUCCCUCCCUCUCCUCCUCCCUCCCUCCUCCCUCUAACUCCUCCCCCCUCUCCUCUCCCCCUUCCCUCCCUUCCUUCCCUCCUCAUCAUCCACCAGGCACUAAAGGGUUAAAGAGGAUGAGCAGUUCUCUCUCUCUCUCUCUCUCUCUAUUCUCUCUCUCUCUCUUCUAUCUCUCUCCUCUCCCCUCUCUCUCUCUACUAUCUAUCUCUCUCUUCUUCUAUACUAUCUCUGUAUACCUCUUCUAAUCUCUCUAUCUGCUCAUAUCUCUCUCUUUAGUUCAUGGUCUCUCUCAUAUCUAUCUUCUUCUCUUCUCCUCUCUUCCUCUUCCCCUCUCUUCUCUGUCUGUCUCUACUCCGUCUUAUCUCUCUAUCUGUCCUUCUCUCUUCUGUUUUCUAUCUGUCUCUCUCUCUCUCUUCUCUUUUGUCUCUCUCUCUCUUCCUCUCUCUCUUCUCUCUGUCUCUCUUUUUCUCCCAUCUCUUCUCUCUCUCUCUUCUCUCUCUGUCUCUCUCUGUCUCUCUCUCUCUGUCUCUCUCUCUGUCUCUCUCUCUGUCUCUCUGUCUCUGUCUCUCUCUGUCUCUGUCUCUGUCUCUGUCUCUGUCUCUGUCUCUGUCUCUCUCUCUCUCUCUCUCCCUGUCUCCCUCUCUCCCUCUCUCUCUCUCUCUCUCUGUCUCUCUCUCUCUCUCUUUGUUCUGUCGUGUUCUUCACCUCUCUGACCCUCUUCUUUACCCGUUAGCCGCCUGCAGGUAAGUUGUGUAUUUGUAUAGUAUUACAUUGUUAUUAUGUUGAGUAUGUGUUAGUAUUGCAGUUUAUAGUUGUGAUAGUGUUGACAGAUUGACAUGUGACAGUGUUGUGUUGACAGAUUGACAUGUGACAGUGUUGUGUUGACAGAUUGACAUGUGACAGUGUUGUGUUGACAGAUUGACAUGUGACAGUGUUGUGUUGAGAGAUUGACAUGUGUAGCUGCGGUGUUGAGUGUUGUGAUGUUGAGUGUGUGAGUUAUAUAUCUGAGCAGGAGUCCGGGUUGAAGGUCAACCACCCAGCAUCCUUUGCUGUGAGCCUGAAUGGAGCGAAGGGACAGAUCGAUGCUAAAGUCCACAGCCCAUCUGGAGCCCUGGAGGGCUGCUGCGUUACUGAGCUAGACCAAGGUAACCACUACUACACAAUACUACGACUCAAUACGACUCAAUACUACACAAUACUACGACUCAAUACUACACACUACGACUCAAUACUACACACUACGACACCAUUCUACACAAUACUACGACUCAAUACUACACACAACGACUCAAUACUACACACUACGACUCAAUACUACACACUACGACUCAAUACUACACAAUACUACGACUCAAUACUACACACUACGACUCAAUACUACACAAUACUAUGACUCAAUACUACACACUACGACUCAAAACUACGACACAAUACUACACAAUACUACGACUCAAUACUAAGACGCAAUACUACACACUACGACUCAAUACUACACACUACGACUCAAUACUACACACUACGACUCAAUACUACACAAUACUACGACUCAAUAUUACACUACGACUCAAUACUACACAAUACUACACACUACGACACAAUAUUACACUACGACACAAUACUACACACUACUACACACUACGACACAAUAUUACACUACGACACACUACAGCACAAUACUACACACUACGACUCAAUACUACACACUACGACUCAAUACUACACAAUACUACGACUCAAUACUACACACUACGACUCAAAACUACACACUACGACGCAAUACUACGACUCAAUACUACGACGCAAUACUACACACUACGACUCAAUACUACACACUACGACUCAAUACUACACACUACGACACAAUACUACACACUACGACACAAUACUACACACUACGACACAAUACUACACAAUACUAUGACACACUACGACACAAUACAACACAAUACUACACUACGACACUUAUGGCACUACUACUACACAAUACGACACUACUACGACUCAAUACUACACACUACGACACACUACGACACAAUACUACACAAUACGACACAAUACUACGACACAAUACAACACAAUACUACACAAUACUACGACACAAUACAACACAAUACUGCACUACGACACUUAUGGCACUACUGCUACACAAUACGACACUACUACGACUCAAUACUACACACUACGACUCAAUACUACACACUACGACACAAUACUACACAAUACUACAGACUACGACACAAUACUACACACUACGACACAAUACUACGACACAAUACAACACAAUACUACACAAUACUACGACACACUACGACACAAUACAACACAAUACUACACUACGACACUUAUGGCACUACUACGACACAAUACUACACACUACGACACACUACGACACAAUACUACACACUACAACACAAUACUACACACUACGACACACUACGACACAAUACUACGACACAAUACAACACAAUACUACGACACAAUAUGACACAAUACAACACAAUACUACACUACGACACUUAUGGCACUACUACGACACAAUACUACACACUACGACACAAUACUACACACUACGACACAAUACUACACAAUAUGACACUACUACGACACAAUACUACACAAUACUGCACUGUUACGGCACUACUACUAUGCAACACUAAACAAUACUACAACACAAUAAUACUACACAUUACUACAUUAAACAAUUCUACACUACUACUACUACACAAUUCUACACUACUACUACUACUACACAGUACUACACCAUAAACACUACUACUACACAAUUCUACACUACUACUACUACACAGUACUACACCAUAAACACUACUUCUACACGACUACAUGAUAAUACACUACUAUGACACAAUACUACACUACUACUAUGCAACAAUACUAAUACACUACACAAUAUGACUACACUGCUACUAUACAAUACUCCACUACACAAUACCACUAGACAAUAGUACACUACCACUGCACAAUACUACCACUACACAAUACUACUACAUUACACAAUACUACUACACAAUACUACGGAUGUAUGGAUACACCAAAAAACCGAACAUCAGUCAUUUGACAGCAAAAUCUCUCCAUCUCUCCAUCUCUCUCUCUCUCUCUCUCUCCUCUCUCUCUCCUCUCUCCUCUCUCCUCUCUCUCUCCUCUAGAUAAGUAUGCUGUGCGAUUCAUUCCCAGAGAGAACGGUCUGUACCUGAUCGAUGUGAAGUUCAACGGCAGCCACAUCCCCGGCAGCCCCUUCAAGAUCAGGGUGGGGGAGACGGGACAGGCUGGAGACCCAGGCAUGGUGACCGCAUACGGAGCUGGAUUAGAGGGAGGAACCACUGGUACGAUUAACGAGGAGGAGGAGCGUGUUGCAGACCUGGGUUUCAAAUACUUUAUCUGUGCUUUAGCUGGCUCAAUAAGGCAAUAGAAUAAGUCGCAAAAUGACAAACCCCGACCAUCUGGCACUCCAGGCAGACUAAAGCAAACGCUCAAAUUAUUUGCAAGGAUUUCUGAAGUAUUUGACAGCUGGGUGUAAUGUGUUUGGGUGUGUCUGUGAGAGAUCAGUGUUCUCAUCACCCUCUGCAGGUACAGCCUGUGAGUUUGUGGUGAACACCAGUACGGCGGGGCCCGGGGCCCUGGCGGUGACCAUCGACGGCCCAUCCAAGGUGAAGAUGGACUGUGUUGAGUGUCCGGAGGGUUACAAGGUGACCUACACCCCCAUGGCUCCAGGAAACUACUUAAUCUCCAUCAGAUACGGAGGACCUUACCACAUCGUAGGAUCCCCCUUCAAGGCCAAGAUCACCGGUGAGGGACAGGACACAUACGACAUGCUGUACACGUUUAUCAACCAUUGUAUUAAUUUUUUUAUUUUACCUUUAUUUAACUAGGCAAGUCAGUUAAGAACAAAUUCUUAUUUAAAAUGACGGCCUACACCGGCCAAACCCGGACGACGCUGGGCCAAUUGUGCGCCGCCCUAUGGGACUCCCAAUCACGGCCGGUUGUGAUACAGCCUGGAAUCGAACCAGGGGGUCUGUAGUGACGCCUCAAGCACUGAGAUGCAGUGCCUUAGACCGCUGAGAUGCAGUGCCUUAGACCGCUGAGAUGCAGUGCCUUAGACCGCUGAGAUGCAGUGCCUUAGACCGCUGAGAUGCAGUGCCUUAGACCGCUGAGAUGCAGUGCCUUAGACCGCUGAGAUGCAGUGCCUUAGACCGCUGAGAUGCAGUGCCUUAGACCACUGAGAUGCAGGGCCUUAGACCGCUGAGAUGCAGUGCCUUAGACCACUGAGAUGCAGGGCCUUAGACCGCUGAGAUGCAGGGCCUUAGACCGCUGAGAUGCAGGGCCUUAGACCGCUGCGCCACUCGGGAGCCCGAGUGGGGAUGUCAGUGAAAAAAACCAUCAAGCCUCAGACUCUACACUCUAACCUCUGUCUCUCUCCACCAGGCUCCAAGCUGGUCAGUAGCCAUAGUAACCACGAGACGUCCAGCGUCAUGGUCGACCCUGUGACUCGCCAGGUUAGCUCUUCCCACCAGGGAGCUCCCAGCCAAACGGACGCCAGCUGUGUGACAGCCAAGGGUCUCGGCCUAUCAAAGGGCUUUAUCGGCCAGAAGAACAACUUCACCGUCGACUGCAGCAAAGCAGGUGUGUGUUUAGUCUCAGGUGUGUGCGUGUGACUGUUUCGAUCUCUCUCUCAGGUUAUAGUGUGUGUGUGCUAACCCUGUUCUGUCCUCCCCCCAGGUCGUAACAUGCUGUUGGUGGGUGUUGACGGGCCCAGGGUUCCCUGUGAGGAGGUUCUGGUGAAGCACGUUGGGAACCGUAUCUAUAACAUCAGCUACCAGCUCAAGGAGAAGGGAGAGUACAUCCUGGUAGUGAAGUGGGGAGAACAGCACAUCCCUGGCAGCCCCUACCACAUCACUGUCUAG